AUGAUAUAUGAUGAUAAUGCACCAAUCAGUACUAAAGAAAAAACUAAUACAAACAAGAAUCCAAUAUGCAAAGUGGAAACAUAAGAACAAAAAGGAAACUAUUCAAUACCAUAUAGAGUUACUUGGAUUGACAAUUUGCAUAGAAAAAUUAUUGUAACUGUUCGCGUAACCUCUGAUAUCACUGUUAGAGAAUUUUUAUAAAUGGUUAUUGGAGAAUUCAAUUAAACUUUCAAGAGAGCAGAAAUGGAAUUAUUUUUCUUUAUAAACGAUUUCAAUAUUUAUGAGCUUUACGAAAUGGAUGAAGAUGAAAGACCAGAUGAAGAACUUCCGCCUUAUGAUGAACAUUAAAAAUUACGACAAUUAGCGACAAAAUGCUUUGCCUUGAAAUAGACUUAAAUAAUGUUGAACUCUUUAAUGGUUUCAUCUUUAAGUGACCCAUUAUCUUGCAAAUCACCAAUAUCACCAAGAAGUGAGGAAGAAAAAAUAAAUCCAUAAUACAACAAUAUAUAGAAUACAGAAAAUAUUGAUGAGAAAAUAGAUUGUUAAGAAAAGGAUCCCUUAAAAAAAUCCAAAGAAACAGAUCAAAAACCUUGGUGGUGUUUAUGUUGUUAUGAAGAAUGA